GUGCUAAUUGAUGAACCGAGUAGCUUUGGGGAAUAUAAUGUACGCUAGGUUUAUACUUUAUACGUAUUGUCAGCUUAUAUUAUUUACGAUAGUGUGUAGAAUUUUAUAUGUAGUUGACGUCAAGGCUUCUUUAAUUAAGGCCAAUAUUCAGUUUACUGCAAACGAAAGAAUGAACUGUAACAAGAAUUUGAAGAAGUAUGAGCCUGGUUCUUUGGGGAUUGCAGGAUUGUCUUCAUUUACUGGUAGCAAAAACAGUAAGCCAGUUGUAUAUGUGUCACGACCAGAUAUUCCUUCAGAAGCUAUUAAUCUUCUAAAGAUUGAGUGUGAUGUGCACAUGUGGACAGAGGCGAGACCAGUUCCACGUGAAGAACUUCUCAAGAAUGUUGCUGGAAAAGAUGCAUUAUACUGUUUAAUAACAGAGAAAAUUGAUGCUGAAGUACUUGAAGCAGCUGGACCCAAGUUAAAAGUUGUAGGGACAAUGUCUGUAGGAUGUGACCACAUAGACCUAAAAGAAUGUAAAAAAAGGCAAAAAGAGUUUCAUAACACCACCUUAAUGCAUCUAAACAGAAACAAAAUUAUUAUGUACAUGCAGAAACAUGGAGGAUGGCUAAAGUGUGGGUGGAGUCCACUGUACAUGUGUGGAUCUGCCCUGAAAGGAAGUACAGUAGGAAUAUUUGGAAUGGGGAGAAUAGGUCAAGCUGUUAUGGAACGUCUAAAGCCUUUUAAACCCAAACAGAUUUUGUAUAAUAGCAGGUCAGAGAAAGGAAAAGAAGUUGAAGCAAGUUUUGUAGAUUUUGAAGAGCUGCUUUGUAGGUCAGAUUUCUUGCUUGUUUGUUCAUCCUUAAAUCCCAAAACAGAGGAAGUGUUUGAUGAAAGAGCUUUCAAGCUGAUGAAGCCAAAUGCUAUUUUCAUUAACACAAGCAGAGGUGGCACUGUGAAUCAUGAAGCUCUUUACAAAGCUUUAGUAGAGAAAGAAAUUCAAGCAGCUGGUUUAGAUGUUAUGACACCAGAACCUUUGCCUCUUGACCACCCUCUUACAAAACUCUCAAACUGUGUCUUAAUACCACAUAUAGGAAGUGCCACUGUUGAAACUAGGACUGCCAUGGCCAUGUUGACCUCUCAGAACAUACUGACAGCUUUGAAUGGGUCUUCCAUGCCAGCUCCAGCAUUUUGAAAGCCAUAUAAACUAUAAUACUGUGACAUUUUUGUUAACAAGCCUCCAACAGUCCAUAAAGAAAUAGUUUCAGGAUUUGGAAAAGUACAUAAAAUGAAGGAUUGUUCUGAUGUUUAUUUCCAAAGUUCAGGCAGGAGUUUGAAACUCCCUAAAUUUUGAAACCCUUUAUAGUAUUGGUUUCAAACUUCUUAUAAUAAACAGCUACAGGAUUUAAAACUACAUAAUUUGUAAAACUCUUGCCAGUAUUGAUUUGAAACUUUCGGCUAUCUAAUAAACAGUUCCAGGAUUUAAAAACUACCUAGAUUUUAAAACUGUUGCCACUAUUGGUUUCAAACUUCCAGCUAUCUAAUAAACAGCUCCAGGAUUUUGAAAACUAUCUAAAUCUUAAGAAUUUAGGCAGUUUUUCCAAUCUCACAAAAAUAUAUGAAAUCAUUCCCAUAUUUUGAGACCAACAUGAAUUAUUAUUUUCUAACCAAACCUCUAGUAAUGUAUAAGACUAAGAAAACAAAAGCCUCUGGUCUUUAUCUGUGACAAACUUUCAUGCCUUGUGCCAUUUUUAUUACCAUGCCUACAGAGUAAUACUAAUAUAAGUUUAUAUUAUGGUAAUAAUGAAUGAAUGAAAACUAUGUUUCCAGUAUGGAAUAUUUUGUUUCUACUUCAACUCAAUAUUAUAAAUUUGGUGUAUCAUUUGUGCAUGCUACAACUCUCCUUCAAAAUUUAUAACUACAUUUUUUCUUUCUUUUAUUCUGUUUCUUGGUUGGCUUUAUCCUCUAUUCUCUCCUAAUGUUGACUGAAUAGUGUGUUAGGCCUUUCUGAUAUUUAAUUACAGUGUAGCAUGCUUUCAGUUUUCUGCUAUGGUCAAAUCUAUUACAAUGUUUUUAAUGGUUAAUUAGACAUUCCAAUAAAAUGACUAUAAAAUUAACCUCUUAAUAUACUUUCAGUCUUAUAUGUAACACAACUUUGAUUUUUAUUUUAACCAAGUUUUCUUGUUCCAUUUAGCUACUUUACUAAAUUUAGUUCUACUAUCUCAGCAUAUGCACGAUUUAGUGCAUGCAUUGUACAAGAAAAAUGGUGUUUUCUAAUAAAACCUAAGAGUGUCUGACUGUUCUUUAGAAGAAUA